AUGCCGAACCUGAAGCUGUUCAAGCGCCGGUCAAGCCAGAACGCACUCGAUCUUGCUUCCUCAGAUCAGAACGAGUCGCCUCAGCCGGCGCAGUCAUCCUUUCGUGUUCUCGACAGGCCCCAGAAAGCUCAACACGCAUUCGAAGGUCCCUCUGCAAGAAGCGGGACCCCUCAGCGCCCCUUUCAAUCGCCGCUUGAGCAGUUGCGGAGAGGGUCUGCGGAUGGGUCCGGCUCUGGGCUCAACAGGUGCGUUGACGAUCUGAGGCCCCAACGACCAGACGGGACGCUAAAGGCUGGCAGAGGAAGCGGCGGCACGACCAACUCCGACUCCAGCAGAUACUACGAUUCGUCGGCAGCGUCUGCACGGCACAGCUCGUCGUCUACGCUACCGUCUUCAAUAGAACCAGAGCGGGAACCAGAGAACGAUGAGCUUUUCCCGCGCAAAGCACCAACCGUGCCAAUGCACAAUCCCAGCGGCGCAGACGACAACGACCCACUGCCGCCGCCACCAUCAUUCACUUCUCGCGCUGCGCGAGCAUUCUCUUUCGCUCAGAAGCAUGCCCGAAACAACUCCACCGCAUCGAGAGAUCCACCGCCAGCUCUCAGUUCUGGCAAUGGUGUUCCUAGAAGCCCGGAGUCUACUCACACAGCACAGCGUGACCGGUCAAUGACCUCUAGUAGCUAUGCUAGCACCGCCAAGCCGCCCCGACACGACCUUGAUCUCAACCUAGGUGCUUCCAAUUUCGGAGAUGACUUUGGCAAUCUGUUCAGUGGUCUCGGCAGAAGCGCCAAUCACAGCAGGGACGAACUUGGGCUGCCGUCACCUGUCGCUCCCAGCAUCUUCCAUCGAACAGAGAGCGAACCCACAUUCCCACCGCGAGCGUUCAACAGAAAGUUGAUGACCCCUUCACCGAACAUACCGAGGAGCCCGAGGGAUGAUGCUGGCUCGCCUCUCUCGUCCGAAGAGCACGACAUCCACGAACGUUUGAUUGCUGGCUCAGGUCUCAGCUCUCCCAGAACGGAAGAUGAUGCGCCCACUCCACCUGCACAUACGAGUGGACUAACCACCGCUUUCCUUGGGAAGGUGACAGGUGGCUAUUCUCUUGUACCCGAGCGGAAGACAUCCCCCAGUUUGGAGCGGUCAUCGUAUGACAGCGAGGCUCCGUGGACUGCAGAGGAGGAACAUGUGUAUGGAAACGGGGUGCUACAGCUACCGAACGGCAACGAGACGUUAAGGAAGGUAGAGACGAACAACACAGAGGAAGAGACUUCUUCCAAGUUCUCUUUCCAAUCCUCAGAUGCUGGCUCUAAGCGAACACAGAUCCUCAGCCGGCCGCAAGCGAUGCCAGGUGCAACCAGAUCGGUCAACAACAGCCCAAACGUUGAGACCGGGCCCUCAGUCCUCUCUUCCAACUCCACCACGCCUCGAGCAGCGAAGCUCGCGGUCAACGGCUCCCAUGAUGAGUCGCUAUUCGAUUCGUCACCACUCGGACCAGCGAGUCACGCUCUCAGGCCCGGCCAUGAGCGAACUGACAGUGGCGCUAUGAGAAGGAUGACAACAGCUCAAUUCCAGGCUCUGCAGAGGAGUGGUAACAGCAGCCUUGAGAAUAGCGAAGACGAGGUGCACGAGCAUGAUGAAGAUGAGGACGUGGACGAGGAGGAGCGCGCAAAGCUUGUUACCCGGCAGAGAAGGCAGCAGCUGGCUAACAUGUCUGUCUACCGCCAGCAGAUGAAGAAAGUCACUGGUGGCGGACCGGCAGAUCUUCCCAUAGUUCGAUCAUCUAUGGAGCGUGCCUCGAAUAGCGCGCCCCCGGCGACUAACAUGGCAAUGUUGCAUUUCGGCGGCAUAGGCGGAACGCCGCCUCCGGAGACAGUUCGCGGAAAGCAAACUGAAGAAGAGGACGACGACGUUCCGCUUGGCAUCCUGCAAGCGCAUGGCUUCCCGAGUGCCAGUCGACCGCCUACACGUCAGAUGGCCAACGAUGCUCAGCAUAGACCAUCCGUGGCCGGCUCGGUCGUCAACGGUGGUGCAGGGCAAGGCAGUCUCCCUCCCUUCGCCCGGAGGUUGCCCGCUGAUCCAUACUUCGGCGCAAGCCUGGUAAAUCAGUCACACCGUGAGUCACUAGCUUUCAGCACGGCAGGAUCAGUCUAUGGAGGUGCGACGUCUCCCAUGCCACCCCAGCAGCAACAUCACGGCGGGCUUGUCGGUGUCAUUGCGAGCGAAGAGCGUGCCAAGGCUUCUCGAAGAGGGAGUCCUAAUCCUGUCACAGGCACCUACAACACACCCAUGCCAGCCAAUGCACCUCAACAGAUGCCUGGGAUGCCUCGCACCAUGAGCAUGGGCAGCACGGCUAAUCCGCAGGUCUACUCGCCGAGCGGAUACACGCCGGGUAUGCCGAUGAUGGCGGGAAUGCCACAGAUGAUGAUGCCGUCCAUGGACCCGACUCAACAGCAGAUGCAGCAGUUCAUGCAGAUGCAAAUGCAAUGGAUGCAGAAUAUGAUGGCGAUGCAACAGCAGCAGUUCAGCCAGAACAACACUCCCCAACAGAUAACACCAGCCACGGACUACCUCGGCGUGCCACUGCCGCAGCAAAGACCGAUGUCCGUCAUGAGCCACGCGGCCUCUUUCCAGGGCAUGCCGCCCGGCCACGGCCGUGCGAUGACGAUGAUGAGUCCGCCUUCGCAGUGGGAUCUGGGCAGGAGCCAGCAACGCCCUAUGAGCGCGAUGCCGAGCGGCUACCCGCAGUCUGGGCUCAACAUUCCGGCUCCAAGUCCAGGUUACGCGCCUUCUCUUGCGCCUAGCGAGCGCAGCAACAUCGGCAUGCCUUCCAGGUACCGCCCGGUGACGCCUGCCAACGAUGGCGCAACGUUGACCGGACGUUCCCAAAGUUUAGACUCGUCGAUGACACUGCAGGCCUUGUCCAACGAGCCGCGAUCAAGAAGUCAGGAGCCUCUGCCGAAGUCGACCAUCCGUAUUGUUGACAAGCCGAAGGGUGCGGCGAAGGUGACGACUCGGCCGGUCAACGCUGAAGGUGAUGAGGAGGAAGACUGGGCUGAGAUGGCGAAGAAACGGACCGAGAAAAAGUUCGGCUGGCGUAAGAAGGAGACCAGAGCCGGUAUGGAGCCCGCUCUGACCGAGUUGUAUUCGACGACGGAGUAA